ACUUUGGGUCCUUCUACGUCAUAUUCAGGCGCCUGCGCAGCUCGGAGUGUUUUGCUGUGACAGCGAAGAUGUCAAGCUCUAAAUUAAAGAAAGGCAAAAAAGUAGUUAAUCAGGAGGAGUUGCGACGGUUGAUGAGAGAAAAACAGAGGGACUCCGACAGAAAGAAACGAGUUGAAUCCCCAUUUGCCAAAUAUAACUCACUUGGACACCUGAGCUGCGCGAUAUGCUGUGUACCUGUGAAAUCAGAAAUACUGUGGCAAGCGCACGUCCUCGGUAAACAGCAUAAAGAAAAGGUUGCCGAACUCAAGGAAGGAAAGGUACCUCAAGUAAAGCCACAGGCUCCCCCGGUCUCAAUACUAAAAAGGAAAGCUCCAGAGACCGAUUCGGCAACUGGGAAAAGACCCAAAGAUGCUGGUUCCUCUUCAAGUGGGCUUCCUCCAGGAUUUUUUGAAGGUAGCAAGAAGCCAUCCGGUUUGGGAAUAUUAGGUGGUGUGUAUGGCGAUGACGACGAUGAAGAUGAGUCAGAUGAUGAGGACAAUAACCCAUCGUCUGCUGUUGGGAAGCAGGGAGAUGCGGAAUCCUCUGGGGCAACUCCGGCUGCGGAUGCUGCGCCGAGUUCUGGACUUCCUGCAGAUUUCUUCGACAGCGGCAUUUCACUUGCCCCAACUGUUUCCCACUCGGGUUCAAUUUCCAAACCGGAUGAAGGAGCUAACAAGGUCACCGAGAGAAAAGAAAACACAUCAGAGGCUCUACCUGAGGGGUUUUUCGACGACCCAGUGAAAGACGCCAAGGUGCGAAACGUGGACACACCUAAAGAUGUAAUGGACAAGGAGUGGGAUGAAUUCCAGAAAGAAAUGCGGCAGGUGAACACUGCAUCAGAUGCCAUUGUAGCCGAGGACGACGAAGAGGGGCGUUUGGAGCGGCAGAUUGAUGAGAUUGAUGAACAGAUCGAAUGCUUCCGGCGAGUGGAGGUACUGCGAGAUAAACAAGAUGUGAUCCGAGAGAAGAUGGUCCAGGAGAAAAUGGAAGGGUCUGCUGAACACUCCGGUGACAGUGAUGAGGAAGAUGAGGAAGAGUUGCUUCACGUGUUGUCUCGGGACUGGAGGGCUAAGGGAGCUCUUGCCUAAUAUAUUCUCUCCAUCCUCAUUAUUGUUAUUGAUUGUCAGUCUCUUUUCUAUUUUUCUAAAAUCUAUUGGCCAAUGGGUUAAUAUUAGCCUAAACUGACUCUAGCCAGAUGGAUGGGAUCCGCCCUGCUCCACCAACAUCCACGAAGUUGAGCGGAAAUACAGAAGGGUCAGGCGAGGAGAAUAUGGGUCUGUUAGCUCUUGAGGAUGCGCAUGUUCAGUUCUAUAGUGUACAACAUAAACAUUGUGUGUUUUCUCUAUCCAAAAUGUAGACCUCUGACACCUGUUUCGUAAUAAAAAUGUGCUGAAUGCA